AUGUGUUGGUUUAAGAAAUCAGUUGUUGAGGUUGUUUUGUUGCUGAUUGUGGUUGGGUGCUGGGUUAACGUUGAUGUCUGCGAAGCCUUUGGGACGUUCGGGUUCGACAUCCACCAUAGGUAUUCGGACAGGGUGAAGGAGUUCUUGGACGUUGAUGGGUUGCCGGAGAAAGGCAGCCUCGGCUACUACGCCGCCAUGGCCCACCGUGACCAGCUCUUCAAGGCCCGCCGGCUGACCACCGCCAACUCAACCGCCAUCCUCACUUUCUACGGCGGCAACCAGACUUUCCGCAUCGCCUCUCUUGGAUUCUUGCAUUAUGCAGUUGUUGCUGUGGGUACCCCACCCUUAACAUAUCUUGUGGCACUCGACACGGGCAGUGAUCUAUUUUGGUUACCAUGCGAUUGCACAAACUGCGCGCGUAGCCUGAACUCGUCGAAUUCAAGGGCGGGGAUAGAUUUAAACAUUUACAGCCCGAGUAAUUCUUCGAGUAGCAACCCGGUUCCAUGCAAUAGCACAAUUUGUGAAAGGAGAAGGAGAAGAGGAUGUUCAACGAGCCGAAAUGCGUGUUCUUACCAAGAAAUAUACCUCUCGAACAACACAUCAACAGCAGGGAUACUGGUAGAUGAUAUUUUGCAUUUGGGCACUGAUUCUUCUCAACAAAACAUCGUUGAAGCUCCUAUUACGUUAGGGUGCGGAAUAACUCAAACAGGUGAUUUCUUGGAUGGUGCUGCUGUUAAUGGUCUGUUUGGACUUGGUAUGGACAGUAUAUCUGUCCCGAGCAUCUUAGCCAGUCAAGGACUCGCAGCAAAUUCUUUCUCAAUGUGCUUUGGGCCCGAUGGAAUAGGAAGGAUUAAUUUUGGUGAUAAAGGGAGUCCAGACCAGAGAGUAACUUCAUUUAAUCUUGGACAACCAAACCCGACUUAUAAUAUAACCGUGACACAAAUUGCCGUGGAGAAUAAUGUCACGGAUCUUGAAUUCACAGCUGUCUUUGACUCGGGAACUUCGUUUACGUACUUGAACAACCCAGCUUACUCUGUUAUUGCGGAAAGUUUUAGUUCUCAAGUAACUGAGCCGCGUUAUCAACCUACGAGCGACAUUAUCUUUGACUAUUGCUAUUCGCUCAGUUCAACACAAGAAAGCUAUAACAUUCCAAGCUUGAACUUGACAAUGAGAGGUGGAAGCCAAUUUUCUGCUCUUGCGCCAACUAUUGUUAUUCCCCGACAGGGAGGGUAUGCAUAUUGUUUGGCUAUCGUCAGAAGUGAGGAUAUUAACAUCAUUGGCCAAAACUUUAUGACCGGCUACCGUAUGGUCUUUGAUCGUGAGGAGAUGGUAUUGGGUUGGACAGAAUCUGACUGCUAUGAUUCGGUCUCGUCAAACACUCUACCGGUAAACAAUACCAAUAACCCGACUAGUGCCCCUUCGCCUUCCGCCUUGGAACCAGAAGCCACGCCUGCAAACCGAAGCCAAUCACCUGUCCCGAGCAUUUCACGGCGGCCAGCUCAGCCUCUGCCGCCACCAUCACCGCCUGCCACAUCACUUCCCGGUGGUGGUGCCGCCGCCCGUUUGAAUGGCUCCGUGAAAAUCGUACUUUCGAUUUGUGUCUACAUCCUCAUUUUCCUCUGUUCAUAA